AUGAACCCGCCGCCGACCGCACACGGGUCGGGGUCUUUCGAUGAGCACACCCUAGAUGAAGGCUGUUCAGCGAUCAGAUUCGCAGAGGCCACAGCGAAAACUCUUGAUCUGUACAUCUUCGCGAGUGGUUCAACCGAUGUGUUCGAAAGUGAGAUAGCAGAUGACAAUGCUCUUCAAGCAUGGAUCAAACAAGGGGGAGUCUACGACCGAGCCACAAGCAGAGGGCCUGUUGCUGCCGGGCUUCGACUCCUCUGCCUCCUUGACCAUAAGCCGUCUGGCUUCAAGUUGAAGCCUGAAGUGCUCAAAUCGAUGAUCAAGUCCUUGGGCUUGCCGCAAAGCUACCCAACCGACUCGGUGUCUGUAAGGGUAAAUGGAAGGCAAUAUGUGACCGAUCCAUCAUCAACAACGACCUCUCAAGCGAAGGACAUCACUAUGUACUUCAUCUCUCCCUCCUUCCGAGACAACGAGAUGGACCUGGCCCUAUCAUACAGCUCCACCACCCGAAUCACCCACGGCGUUCUCGUGAUGAAGGCUGCUCCCCACAGCCCACUCCAAACCAUCCUCACAACCCUCCGCCGGUCUCCUGCACUCAGCUGCCACCCACUGCUCCUCCCAGCUCUCGCUUGUAACGCCUGGAUCGAGAUAACCAGUGACCAGUACUGCGGCGUACACGAAGGCAUCCGCGAAGUGCAACGUACGAAUGACCUGAUGCCUACUUACUUCCUGGGCGAGAAACAGGACCGUGGAAAAGACUACCAGCACAUCGACCAGUCAACCGUACAGGAGAAGCACAGACUUACCCACGAGAGGAUUGUGCAGCAGCAUAAUUAUCUGCUCAAUGGACUUUCGUACUUCGUCAAGGAUUUUGUCGAUGCAUUGGAGGGCGCAAUGAACCAUCCGGCGCUGCUGCAAGUGGAAGACGGUAAGAGGGAGGAGAUGCAGAGGUACAUAGAGCGGCUGGAAAGGAAGAUGAGAGUCGGUAUGAACUUCCGGGAGAGGUUGUUCGGAAAGCUUGAGAUGCAGGUGCAGGCGCUGUACACUCUGAUGCAGCAGCACGACAGUCGUACCAACAUCGAGAUCGCAACACAGACGAAGCGGGAUAGCUCAGCGAUGAAGACGCUUUCGCUCGUGUCCGUCAUCUUCUUGCCGCUCACAGCGGUAGCGUCUGUAUUCAGCAUGGACCCGUUCGUGUCGAGAGAUGCUUCCGAAGGCUCCCGGGUCAUAGUAUCUUCGCAAUUUUGGAUCUACUGGGCUGUCGUCAUCCCGCUCACGUCGAUGAUAUUGUGCGCUUGGGUCGUUUGGAUCAACCGGGAGCAGUUGCUCAGUCGUAGAAAGGUCGGGUCGCGGAAGCAGCAGCAGCCUAUCAGUGAUAAGAAGGUCUGA